CGGAGUGACCAGCAGCAGGGAAGCUCUCUUCAUCAUUUCUGCUAUAUAAGCCUUCCAACUUCUACCUUCAACUUCGCUCCCUUCACUUGCUAUCGCUUAUCAGAUUCAGAUCCCUCACAAUUAUUCCCAUCUCUUCUUCUUCUUCUUCUUCUUCGUCCAUCAUUUUCUUCUUCUUUUCUGCUGUUUUCUCUGCCAUUUGAUAUGCCCGGCAAAAACAUACUGAUUUCUCGGAUUUAGAUUUUUUUUUUCAUUUAAAAGUUUGAGUGCAUAUCUUUUAGUGCUUGAAUUUUUUUACUGGAUUUUUGUGGAGAUGGAAAUGGCGGGUGAGUCGCAGAAUUGGGUACUGAUGGUCACUGCCCAGACUCCAACCAACAUUGCUGUCAUCAAGUACUGGGGAAAGAGAGAUGAAACCCUAAUCUUGCCUGUCAAUGACAGUAUCAGUGUUACGCUUGACCCCAAUCAUCUCUGCACCACCACUACUGUUGCUGUCAGUCCCAGCUUCCUGCAAGAUCGUAUGUGGCUCAAUGGCAAGGAGAUUUCUCUUUCUGGAGGCAGAUACCAGAACUGUUUAAAAGAGAUCCGCAAUCGUGCUUGUGAUGUUGAGGAUAAGAAAAAGGGUAUUAAGAUCUUGAAAGAGGACUGGGCCAAAUUGCAUCUACACAUUGCUUCAUACAACAACUUCCCCACUGCAGCUGGGCUGGCCUCUUCUGCUGCUGGCUUUGCCUGUCUUGUUUUUGCACUUGCGAAGCUUAUGAAUGUCAAAGAAGAUCAAAGCCAUCUAUCUGCUAUUGCAAGGCAAGGCUCAGGUAGUGCGUGCCGCAGUUUAUAUGGUGGAUUUGUCAAGUGGAUAAUGGGAAAAGAGGAGAAUGGAAGUGAUAGUCUUGCGGUUCAACUUGCUGAUGAAAAGCACUGGGAUGAUAUUGUUAUUGUUAUUGCUGUGGUUAGUUCACGGCAGAAGGAAACCAGUAGCACCUCUGGAAUGCGUGAGAGCGUCCAAACUAGUCUGCUUUUACAACAUAGAGCAAAGGAAAUAGUGCCAAAGCGCGUACUGCAAAUGGAAGAAGCCAUUAAAAAUCGUGAUUUUGCAUCUUUUGUGCAACUGACCUGUGCCGAUAGUAACCAGUUUCAUGCAGUCUGCCUGGAUACGUCUCCUCCAAUAUUCUACAUGAAUGAUACAUCACACAGGAUUAUCAGCAUCGUUGAAAAGUGGAACCGCUCAGAAGAAAUGCCCCAGGUAGCUUAUACAUUUGAUGCGGGGCCAAAUGCGGUCUUAAUUGCACGCAAUAGGCAAGCUGCUGCCCUUUUAAUUCAGAGGCUGCUUUACUACUUCCCCCCAAGUUCAGAUGACCUUGACAGUUACGUUAUUGGAGAUAAGUCAAUUUUACAAGAUGCUGGGCUAUCAGGAAUGAAGGACGUAGAGGAUUUGCCAGCACCUCCUGAAAUUAAGGAUAAUAUUCCAUCACAAAAAUACAAGGGGGAUGUCAGUUACUUCAUCUGUACAAGACCCGGAAGAGGACCUGUUGAGCUUCCUGAUGAAAGUCAGGCUCUUCUCAACAGUGAAGAUGGACUCCCCAAGUGAAUUUGUCGGUAGUUUUCCCAUGUUUGGCCACUUUCUGAUCGCAUUUCGUUUACAGACUCUUAUUACUUGAAACAUGUUCUCUAGGUUGUCCAUGGUCCUAAGGACCAUUAUCUGUUCUUUCCCAAUUUUCAUUUUGUGUCGUUUAUUUAUGCUUCUGUAAUCGUUUCCAAGUAUAGUGAGGCUAUUUUCUUGGAGAUAAACAAGUUUUGGUCAUUUUUAGUAUGGAAUUAUACUUGAAAGAGGGAGUCUCAAUAAAUGCCCCUUUAUGACUAUAGGGGAAUUUUCGCA